GGAAAUCAAGUUCCCAACAUCAACAGAAAAUCAUGAAUGAAAUAUGGUCUCUCCUAGUCCUAGCACGGGAUUUUUUUCGUAUUGCACAGUAGGUCCACUUUGAGAUCAGUAAGGAGAGCCGGCAUUACGUGUCGUGGGCCAAGAAGUAUACGUAAUUCAUUGUGUCCCGGUAACAAAGUAUGUCCGCGUGGCAGUGGUUGCCGUCGUCAGCACGGUGGCUUGGGACCGGUUGAACGACCGUUCUGCUUGUCCUCAGUUCAGAUCCGAGACACAGCAGGGACAGUAGUGCGAGAGCGCGAAUCGCCAACAGCAACGCUCCGUCCCCUUCAGACUGCUGCGAGUGGGGUCAAGAAGCGCGAGCUCGACGCGUUUGAGGAAACAGUGUUAGAAGAUACCCUUUCCAGUAUAUUUACCGCUUACCUCAAAGAACUCUGCCCAAGAUGUUGGAGUUCAAGCCACGCACGCACUCCGAUCCGGACUUGCCGCAGCUUCUGCCGCUGCCGGUCCGGCCCCACUCGUCCUACCAGGCAAAGCUGCAGUUCAAAGAUCAAGCCCAGUUCGAAGAAAAGGUGGUGCAUGCUAUGUCCCAGAAGCUUGGAAUCGACCUAAUCAAGGUAUGGACAUUUUGAUGUUUCCGUAUGGUGAAAGCGUACCGCCACAGGAUUUCUCUAUGCAAAGUGAAAUAGUUUGUUUUUGUUAGCUCCUCGCCCGAAGUUAACGAAAUCGAAAAUGAAAUUCCACUGUAUCUAUCAAUAUCAAAUAACAGGACAACGAGUUACGAUGGGUGGUUCGCGAUUGCCUGCUCGGGUUGAAAGACGAGGGAUGGACGUGCCAACUGAAGGGAAUGAACGACCUCGCAUACCUCCACACGGCCACCGAAGAGUCCCGCUCCUUUCAUCCCGUCGUCGAGAUGCAUCGACAACUCGGCGAACGAUUAAUACUGCACAAAACCCACCUGGGCGGGAAGAAAACGGACAGGUUUUACAGAAUACAGCAGGCCGUGUACGAGGCAAUAAUGGGAGAAAGGGACGUGCGAGGGGUACAACCAAGAAACUUUUUUUUGACUCUACUAACUCCGUGCGGAUAAUGCGACGAAAUCGAACUCUCAUGUCAUGCAGCGACCGGUAGCACUGGUAUAAAAUAAAAACUAAAAAAUGAAAACACGCAGGUAACAAAUCCGAAUUUGAUGGAGGACGUAAUUCAGUGCUUGGGAAUAGACGUGCAGGAUGAGCCGUACCUGAUCCGGCGCGUGAAAAACGCAAUCGAAGAUUCCUACUUUCGCAUGAAGCACGAAGGCGCACGGUUCAUUACGGUGGAAAACGUCAUAAACGUCCAAACGCUAAUCGUGCACCUCGAGUUAGAUCGGGUCAAGUUUCUCAGAAAAAUAUCGCCCUCGGGUCUACUCUACUGCAUCGAAUGCGAAACAGCACUGGCCGACGUAUUGAACACGCUUUUUUCUGCUUUAUCGACGCGUUUACAUUUUCUAAAUUCACAAUAUAAGGAGGGUGAUCAUGAUUCAGUUGAUUCGGAAAAAUAGAGGCGAAUAGUGACGACCCACAAGAAGCAUCUGCAUCUUCUUUGUCAGAGAUAGUUUUCUUGACACGGCUUUUCCGGCUUCAAUGGAAAACAGGUAGCGUGCGCCGCGUGCCACGACGUCUUCUGCAAUAACUGUAUGGUCGCCACGCAUAGUACCGGGCACCGAAUGGACCAUCCAGCAGUUUUCAUCGAGCAGUGCGUUUGCAGCGAGUGCGAACAGCGGGCAGCAUUAGUCAGGUGUCAGGACUGCGUAGACCUGUUCUGCUACGACUGCUUCAAAAAUACACACCGGUACGGAAAGCGCGGAAAGCACUGCGUCAGAAUACCCUACACAACUUUCUGCUACGAGUGCGACGAAAAAGAAGCACAGUACUUGUUUUCAAAUUUUUGCUGAUAUUCAAAUGCUCUUGCUCAUCAAGCGAGCAUACGUACAUCAUUUCCGUUUUCAUUCUUGGCGUGAUGGUGUUGGUGGUCAGUUUCUUUCGUUGUUUUCCCACGGACGAAACACAACUACGACGGAAUAAAUAGGUACAUCUGCAUGGAGUGCGAAGACAUGCUGUGCUUGUCGUGCAACACGAAGAUGCACAGCAAGGGUGCCCGACAGAACCAUUCCCUCUACGGCUUGCGAAAAGCGGCGUACUCAAAGAAGUUGUUUGCGAACAAUCUUGACCGCGUGAUGAUGAUCGUGCAGAAAGACAGGGAUAUGGCGUUACCACUCAGCCCAUGGUUUAUCUUCUACGACGAGGCAAAAGCGCCAUACUGGUAUACAAUGCGUUUUCAGUAGUUGGAAGUGCAGUUGCUUGUUUUUGUUCAACGAAGUCCACCUCCUGUAUUGCAUUUGCAAAUCGAGAUCCGUGUCUAUAUCUUGAAUACCACGGUUGCUGCAGCUGUGAUGGGUCAUAUGUUGCGAUCAGUUUCAGCCAUCACCAAAUUAUAACGCAGGUACAAUUUUCAAACGAGAGAGCGGGUUCGCGCAAACCCGUCAAACCUGGUGGACCCACCGGAGAAGGCGGAUCCGGCCGCGGCCUCGGCAGACCAGCAGGCCGACAUGAAGCUCCCCGGCGCGACCGACUUGCUCUCGACGCACUCGGCGAUCAAGGCGUCCGAGGGCGCCAUCUUCGACGUGCCACCGCCCCUGCACAUCAAGUUCGCGUCGCCCUCCGUGGUGCAGCCGACGAAAUUUCAGAACACGGCUGUCGAAGAAUUCAAGGGCGAGAUCCAGAGGAGCAUGGGUGGGCUGUAGAAGUGGUCGUGCUUGUUUUUGUAGAAGAAGUGGGUGUUGAUAUUUCUUUUCUCAGGAAAACGAGGCGGCGCUUCUCUCGAUCCCGUUUCUCCUCUACAGUGAGGUGAUCGAAAUACAGAUCAUGAGAGCAGAAGCUGAACCCGAGAAACAGGAAAACAAAGACCUGACCUGUCUACAGGAGCGACUUAGUAGUAGAUUUCAUGCGAUAAUAUGCUUAUGUUUCCAAUUUUAUGCUUAUGUUUCCAUUUCAACUAACAGAUUUCAACGAACAGAGUUUUGAUUAUAGCCUAGAAUUCGCAAUAGUCGGCCGAGGUAGCGCUCGGUUCUUGCCAGUGAGAAGUUUAGAUAUCAAACGCCGGAGCAAAAACGAUAUUCAGCAGAGCAAAUAUAGCGAUUAUAACAGAGGAGCCCCAGCAGAUGAGUCAGAGUUUUGUUGCGGGUAAACGCCAAGAACCCAUAGGUAGAUAGAAUGAGCAAUGGUUAAUCUUUCCGUGUGAUUUGCCGCAGAACUGUACGAUUUGCUAAACGAAACGGAAAAUCACGAAAAUGCUAGCUAUGUCACAACAUGUUUGCAGCACCGAAACCCGCUGCAGAUAUGAUGUCUUACACCCGAGCACAAGAAAAUGCCGCCUCACUGCAGAUAGCCUUUUCAGUGAGAAGCUACCAUGGGGCAGGGGAGGUCAUUAUGAGCUUUGUUGUUGUAAAUUAUGAGAGAAUGAUCGAGAUGACAAUGUCAAAUAUGAAUUCAAUCCCCGUUUUAUUGAACCGAAAAUAUUAACUUGCGCGCCCUGUAUAGUACCACUAGACUAAGUUCCACGCCCGCUGCUGCGUAGCCGGAGGAAGUCCUGCGGGUCGUAAGGUAGUGACGUCUUUUGCGGACGUGAGACAAUGCUGGGUUGCCGUGCCUUUCGCGCCUAGUAGCUCUCCUCCAACUACAGUCGAUAAAGCGCCUGGUGUUCUACUUUUGGAACGACGCCGUGCGGUGCGUUUGGUUUGGAUUUGAGACUUUGAGCGUGUAGUCACAUUUGAGACGCGAUGAAGACGAUCUGGCCUGAACAAGGCAUUGUGCGAG